UCAAACAUGGCGGCUGCCAUGGAGCUGAGAUGCUGGGGAGGAGACUGGGGUUUGCCUUCUGUCCACACCGAGUCACUUAUUGUCCUGGCAUACGCCAAGUUUUCAGGGGCGAAAGUCACCGUUUCUCCUAUAGACUGGACCUGGAGAACUCUAACAGGGACAGUCCCAGAGUUGCUGUGUGGAGACGUUGCAGUUCAAGAACCAACACAAAUUCUCAAUUUCCUGAGGAAACAGAGGUUUAAUGCUGACUAUGAACUGUCAGCCAGACAAGGAGCUGACACCAUGGCAUACAUCGCUCUGCUGGAAGAGAGACUACGACCAGCUCUGUUGCACAGUUUCUGGGUGGAUGCAGAAAACUACGUGAAUCUGACACGGCCAUGGUUUGCAUCACGCUCGCCAUUCCCUCUCAACUUCUUCGUCCCGGGUCGCCUUGCCAGCAUCGCCCUCUCCCGCAUCCUGCUAACCAAAGGAGAGGCGCCGCUACACCGAAUCACUGAGGUGGAAGGGAAGCUCUACAGUGAUGCUAAAGAGUGCCUGAAUCUCCUCUCCUACAGACUGGGAACUGCAACCUACUUCUUUGGCAACUCGCCAACCAGUCUGGACGCCUUUGUGUUUGGCUUUUUGGCUCCUCUUUACAAAGCCGGUCUCCCCAGCAGCCCGCUGCAGAGCCACCUCCAGCAGCUGCACAACCUCACAAGCUUCUGUGACAACAUCCUCGCACUCUACUUCAACUCUGAGCAUCCAUGCCCCCCCCCACCUGUUCAGGAAUCAAUGGAUGCCAACCUCCAGAAACUAACUCAGCUUGUAAACAAAGAAUCCAACUUAAUAGAGAAGAUGGAUGACAACCUCCGCAGCAGCCCACAGCACAAACCCCACAGAGCAGAGCCCAAACCCAGCCUGGCCAGCGAGAAGAACUUCACUCCUGCAUAGUCCCCGACCUCUCCACCCUGAUCCAGCCGAAUGAAAGGGAAGGUGCAGCUCUGAAUCUGACUCAACAUCCCAAAAUUCCCCCAAAAUAUCAUCCAGCUGAACUAUAGCUUGAAAAGAAAACCUAAUAAUGGAAGUAUGACUAUAUCAUUAUCUAUUAUUGUUAUUAUAUAAGACACUGUUUAACCUAAUGAUGAUAGAUUUCAAAGAUGCUGGUCUGAGAGAAGGAAAAGUGCAUGUUGUGGUGAUGGAUGGAAUGCUAAGAAGUGGUGUUUAAUGAGAAAGACACAGAAAGUCUAAAUGAAAGCUGAAGGAAAUGAAAAGACCAGCAGGAAGAGAGGAGGCCCUGUGUGCCCUCUGAGUGGACCUCUUAAAGCAAUAGUGUAGGAUUUAGUGGCAUCUAUCAUUUUCCAUUACUGCCAAUAAGGCUUCGUUUUUACUGAAUAGUGCGGCUCCACUCCGCUCGCCUCACAGAAUUUUCUUUUCCACUGCGUAGGGUGUCGAACAACUGCAGUCUUGGCUGAUAAGCUAAGUUAAGCCUCCUUGAUGCUACCGUGUAAAUGGGAGACUUGCUGAAUCUUUUCAACUGCAACAAAACCUCAAUCGUAAGGCGUGGUGUACAGCUAAGUUUUGCCCUCUGCCAUUUAUAAAAAAAACCUGGGUGUUAAAAGAAAAGCAAAAAUGCAAUCGCUAUUGAUAAAGCAAACACCAUAAAUCCCCUUCAUUCCGUCACACUGGUCACUGAACGUCUUCUUCCUUUUGUUCCUGUAAGAAAUAUAUAUUUCUUUACAAUCAUUUUUAUAUUGAGAAUAUUUAAAGGUAUAGCAUGCAGUAUUUCCUUAAAAAAAUAUGCAUAGACUCCCUCUUAAAGACCACUUAUGGCCCACUACAGGUGUAUGGAGAUGUAUCAGCAGACGCCCUGCCCUCUGCCAGUAUUUUCUCCUUAUUUUUCUGGGGGUCAGCCUUUGUUGGACACAGCCAAGAGUUUGAGGUUGGCUUUUAGCUUGCCGUAUGUGACGCAGCAGGUGUUUCACUUUGUGGUCUCCCACUUCUGGUGUCAUUGAGCUGGGGGUAGGUGGUGACAGCUGUUUUACAAUCGGCAAGCAACAAUUCCUGCAUAGUAUGCCUUUACAGAUGUCACUAACAUAUAACGUUUGUGCUAAAGCUUCUACAUUUGUUUAUAUAUCCGAUGUUAUUCCGGUUUAUAAAUCUGUGUUUUACUAUGAAAGGUCCCAGAUCCUUUAACGCCGCUCCAAGCAAACAUCCUCCUACUGUAUCUGCUGUAAAAAAGAGAAAUCUGUAAUUUUUAACGAGUUAGACUAAUGAACAGUAGGUGAGCGGUCGUGACUACAGGAAUAUCCUAACACUAGUUUGCUUUGCUCUCACCGCCUCUGCUUUGUAAAGAUGUAUAUUUGUAAAUAUGUUCCUGAUUGAAAUCAAUGCAAUGCUCCCUCUAACAGAGCUGAACAGCUUCUUCACACAGUUAUACUUUCUGUAUUAAGCUAUUCAUGCACAAUAUGUGGGACACAUUAAGUGUGUGUAUGAGAUAGUUUUCAGAAACCAGUGUGUCUCUUAAAUAUAAUUUAUUGUUUAGGCAACAGACUCUGUAUCAUUAACAUACCACUGACUGUUGUUGCCAUGGUUCUCCACUCCUGUGCUAUCUCUGUUUGAUUUGAUUUUCUGCUAUGUUGUAUCCCGUGCCUAUUUAUCGUGUUAACUGAAAUGUCCCAUUUCGUAAUGUCUCAUUAGCUGCCUUUUUUCUUAUUUUAACUGUCUGCAUUUCUGAAAUUGGAUAGUAAAAUGAGUUGCCACUUUCUUUUUACUGUUUUGUUCCCUAAUUUUCUCACAGCCAAAUGCAUGUUUACUCCAUAUCAACACGUUCAUAGUGACCGUGGGUGUCUGUCUAAAGGAAACAAUACUUGUAAAGAUAGUUUGGCUCAUGCAAAUGCCAAGAAAAUCACAUCAUUGUUACAUUCUCUGCGUGUGUGUGGAUGUGUAUGUUUCCAAUAACAAAUCUUAUGGACCCCGAACAGGCUUGUGAGGAAUACAUACGGGUGUUGUGUGCCUACACUGCUGCAAGUGUCUUUGUACAAUUGUCAACAUGUUAACGGUGUCCUUCAUAGUUUUGAUAAGUAAAUUAUCUUCAUCAUUUCUGUUUCUGUUCAUUAUGUGUUCGCUGGUAACGACUAUCAUCAUAUUAUUGAAAUACAAAUAAGAUCAUCCAGCUGCUGUAUCACCACUGUGUUUUUUUCUCCCAAGCAAAAUAAACAUUCAACUUUUAAAAUUGUACAA